CCAAUCAGGAGCUCAGCAGCGGAAGGCGGGGCCGGACGAGGUGAGGGGGGUCCCGGAGCUCAGAGCAGAAGGAAGAAACUCGUUCGUGUUCAUCUGUCUCCACUCACCUCCACUUCGGAUUGUGUUCUCCUCUCUCCGUUCGCCAUGGCCUAUCCGGGAUAUGGAGGUGGGUAUGGAGGUUACACUGGUCAAAUGCCUGGAAUGCAGAUGCAAAUGGGACAGCCAAUGCCAGGAACAGUACCAAAUAUGCCUCAUGGUGGAUACUCUGGAUACUCAGCAUAUUCUGGUUAUUCAGCAAAUGAUCCUAUGUGGACUUACUUCACUGCUAUUGCUGGACAGGAUGGUGAAGUGGAUGCUGAAGAACUUCAAAGAUGUUUAACACAGUCUGGGAUUAGUGGAACUUAUUCUCCAUUCAGCUUGGAAACCUGCAGAAUUAUGAUCUCCAUGUUGGAUAGGGAUUUCACAGGAAAAAUGGGAUUUAAUGAAUUCAAGGAACUUUGGGCAGUUCUUAAUGCCUGGAAGCAGAACUUUAUGAUGAUUGACCAAGACCGAAGUGGGACAGUUGAACUUCAUGAAUUGAGUCAAGUCAUUGCAGCUAUGGGUUAUAGGUUAAGUCCUCAGACUUUAACUGCCAUUGUAAAGCGUUAUAGUAAGAAUGGCAGAAUCUUCUUUGAUGAUUAUGUUGCUUGCUGUGUGAAGCUCAGAGCAUUGACAGAUUUCUUUAGGAGAAGAGACAGCAUGCAACAAGGUUUUGUGAACUUUGUAUAUGAUGAUUUUUUGCAGGGUACUAUGGCCAUAUGAGUGCCCAACUGAUUAAUGUUAAGGGAGAGAGACUAUCCUGUGAAUUCUUCCACUCAGAAAGAACUAUAAUUGAACCUGUUGUCAACCCAAGCUCUUCUGGACUUCUCUUUGUUCCUGCCUGUUAUCUAUAUAACUGUUUUAAUCUUAGUGCACAGUUCAGAGCAAUAAAAAUUGUUUUGUUUAUGAUGUCAUAAUUUGAGAAAGUAUUACUGCAUAUUUUUCAAUCUGUGUAAUGUGAAAUAAUAUGAUUAAUGAAAAGUAAAGACCAAGCAUGAAAAUUAUCUUUUUAUCUUUACAGUUUUCGAUGAGUUUGGCUUUAGAAUAUAUUUAACCAGAAUGAUAAAUUGAAGAAUGUUUAAGUAAAAAGUCUAAAACUUAAAAAUAAACUUUUUUUCUUCAGUUUAUAAACAUUAUAUAUAAACAUUAGCAAAUAAAUGAAAAGGAACUGAGUUUUUGUACCCAUAUUUGUUGAUCAUGUAAUUAGGAAACAAAAACCUAAUUUUACCUAAUGGGGAAAAAACAGAAGUAAUAGUCUGAUGAUUAGUUUCCUAAGAAUUACCACCAUGUUUUCUUAUGUGAACCAAGAGACCUAAGUUUUUUGGAAGUGUUUUUUUUUUUUUCUUUACUUUUUUCUUUUGGACUUUUUGCUAAUAUUUUCCCAUCUAUUUCAUUUGUUUAUUUUAGUGACAAACUAUAAUUCACAGUUUUAUUUGACCUCCUCAUUUUUAUUAGUGAAAGUAAAACCUUAAAGCUUGAAGUUAAGAGAUUGAGGCUUUUAUGUCCCCAGAUCUGUAAUGAAAUUACUUUGAAUGGAAAUGUCAACAUUUAUUAUUUACUGUAAAUUUUACAGUGUGCCAAAAUAAUGAUUGAAAUUUUAAAAGAAAUCAGCCACCAGUUGUUUUGUUUAAACAAUGUUUUUAAAAAAUAACUUUGAUUUACUUGAGUGAAUUGUUCCGCAUUAGUCUAGCAAGAGACAUUUUAAUUGUUUUGUACUCUGUACAAAUCAGUCUGAGGCACUAUUAAGAACUUAGAACUUCACUUAGAACUCCAUAUUAUUAUCAUGUUGUAAUAACUGAAUAAUUGACUCCUUUUGGCCUACCAUAAAUAGAUAAAUUAACUGUGGGGAGAUAUUUUGUUUUAUUUAGCCUUGUAUGGUGAUAAAAACAAAGUACUGGGAAUCAGGAAAUCUGAAUUCUAGUCCCAUCACUACCAGUAGCUAGUCACAGCUUCAGUGGGAACAGUUUCCUUAUUUGUAACCUGAAGGUGUUGAGCUAUACUACCUUUAAGGUCCCAUUUAUCUCUUAAGUUUGUAGCUCUUUUACUUCAUAGACAUUUCCAAUUUUAUUUUAAACAUUUCAAGGAACUUGAAAAUAGAAAAAGACUAAUAUAUUACUUGAAAACCUUCUGAAGGGUUAAUGAUAUUGUAUAACAUGAGAACAUAGUUAACAUGUGGUAUAUGAGCUAAGUGAUAUGCAUUUUUUCUCUAGUUUUCCAAAAAGUAAUUUAACAUUUAAAGUUAGAAUAGUUUAGGAGAAAUAACAAUUAUCCAUUUAAAGUGUGAGGGCAGAUGGCAGCAUAUUGAUAAAAAAACUUUCAUAGCACAAAUAGACAUUUGAAUCAACAUUCACUUUUAUAAUUUCUGAAAAGUAAAGUAUAGCCAAUUUGACAUUGCUAGUCUACAGUAACUGGUUGCCUUUAAAUUUCAGUAAGUAAUAUGUAUAUUUUUAAACUUGAAUGUUUAAAGAGGACUUAUCUGGAAACCAUGCACAGUCUGUAAAUUCUCUCUACUCCUAUAAAUACCUUCCCCCUCUUAAAUACUGCCUACUCCCUUCAACUGUUCAUCUGCUUUCAUAUGACAACAGUUUGUCAGUGUGGGAAGAAGUUGACUGAGCCGUAGUAAAAUAUAUUUUUUUGGUUUAGACUUUAUAGAAAAAAAUCAUAAUCUGUAGCUAACAGUAGAGGUAAGGACUAGAUCUGUUAUUCCAUUGCUAGAAGGAAGAUGAAUUUCCCUUUCCCAAUGCAGGUAUGCAUCCUCUCAACAACUGACAGUCUUAAGGAAUUGCCAAGACACAGAGAGGUAAGGGACUUAAACAGAUAUUAUAUGUGAAAGGGAGAAAUUGAGCCCAAAUGUUCUUGGCUUCAAGGCCUACUGUUUACCCACUACGCCAGAGUUGCCAAACUGGCAGCCUGAAAACUCUGUAAUGAUACCUGAAACAGAUUAAAAUGUAAUUUGGAAGUGUUUAAUAAAAUCAAUAAAAUAUAGUAAACUACAACAUAUAGAUAACAUUAGUUUGUGGUUUUCUAAGUCAAUAUGCGUCCCACAGGAAUCAUUUCUGUUUGAGUUUGAUACAACUGCACUAUACUAUGCUGCCUCUCUAUUAUAGCUAAUUAUUAUUGGUAACUAAUUUGCUAAAUUUAAACUUUUUUUUAAUUGAGUAUGAUAAUCUAUAUCUCUCUUUUUUUAAGAUAUGUACUCGGAAGUCCCAGUGCAUUUUGCACAUGGUGAUCAAAGGUUGAAGUAAAAACUUAGAACUACAUUAAAAUCACCAAGUUCAUUGUUUGACAAAUACUUCAUUUGUAGUUUUCAUAUGUGUUUAAUUUUUCUUUUAAAUUGAUUUUGCUCAGUGUUUUUGAUAUUAAAUACAGCCAACUUUUGAGGUUUUUACUCUUUUUGUGUUAUAGUAAUGGUGAGGUUCUUACUCUUUUUGUGUUAUAGUAAUUUCAAGAAUAUUAUAAAAUACCCAAAUUAGUGACUUAAAAAAUUAAAUAGUUGUAUAUAGACAUUGCUAUGUGCUCAUGACUGGAUUAUAAGUAUGGUUGAUUGAUUUUGUGAAGUCAGUCCUGUUAUAAGUCUUGUUUGUAUUAAUAUAUUGAAUAAUUUACACUGUCAAUGUACAAGUGCUUUUAUUUGUACAGUAAACAAUGGUCCAAGUCAUCUUAAGAAUUUUUUUUUUUUUAGAAAUAAACAUCCAAAUAGCUUUCUGUAAAGUUUUGCAUUAUACAAAAUCUGUUAACAUACAUAUUAUGAGAUGCUACAGUACAUAAAAACAGUGCAGUAGUUCUUCUAAUACUAAAAAACUGCCAGAUUAUGAAUGUCAGGCAUUGCAAUUCUAUGUUAAGAUGACAACAUAGAUAUUUUCAUUUCCAAUGAUAAGGAAGUAUGGAACCAUCUUAAUGGGCAGCCUUAAUUUUGUCCAUCUCAAACUUAAUGCCAAGGAAUUGGAUUGUGCUUUUUCAAACUUCAUAAGCAUGCAUUCAGCAAGCAAAGUAGCACAAAAUCAAAAGUGAAUUUAUGAACUAUGAAUAUUUGCCCACAUGUAUUUGUAUUUGUAGAAGGCAUUUUCCCCAUGUAAUAAAUGGAUGGGAUUCAUUGUGAUUAAUACGUUGUGCAUCAUUUAAAAAUACUAAAAUUAAUUUUUGUGAUUAUUCUUUAAGUGAAAUAGAGAAACCAAAUGAAAUGUAAUCUUGCAUGUUGUUACUCAGAUUAAUUAAACUUUAAUAAAUUACUUGUAAGAAACUAGA